AUGGGUGGGCCUGGCUCCCAUGUGGGAGAGAGACCAGAUUCUCAUUCUGACAGCAGGAAGAGUCCUUCAGGGGAACCAGACCCAGAGACGUCCAAACCAGCGAGACAACAUCACUGCUCCCACUGUGGAAAGAGUUUUAGCUGGUUAGGGUUCCUAAAACGGCAUGAGAGGACGCACACAGGAGAAAAGCCUUUCCAAUGUUCCCAGUGUGGAAAGAGUUUUACUGUGUUAGUUAACCUGAAAAGGCAUGAGAAACUACACUCUGGAGAAAAGCCAUUCCAAUGUUCCCAGUGUGGAAAAAGUUUUACCCGGUUAGGGCACCUAAAAGAGCAUGAGAGGACACACACAGGAGAAAAGCCUUACCACUGCUUACAAUGUGAAAAGAGCUUUUCAAGAUCAGGGGACCUAAAAGGUCAUGAGAGGACACACACAGGAGAAAAGCCUUACCAAUGUCCUCAGUGUGGGAAGAGUUUCACCCAGUUAGGGAACCUGAAAAUACAUAACAGAAUACACUCUGGAGAGAAGCCUUACCACUGCUCCCAAUGUGGAAAGCGGUUUCCCUGGUUAGGGAGUCUAAAUUCGCAUGAGUGGACACAUAGAGGAGAGUUGCCUUACCACUGCUCCCAAUGUGGAAAGCGUUUUAACCAGUUAGAGCACCUGAAAUCACAUGAAAGAACACAUUCAGGAGAGAAGCCUUUCCACUGCUCUCAUUGUGGAAAGACAUUUUCCCAGUCAGAGGACCUGAAAUCACAUGAGAGAAUAGAGAGGCUGUGUUCUGACUUAUGUUUUUGACUGGAAAUUUGUGUUUUUGUUCAUGCCACAUGAAAUCAUAUUGUUUAUAUGAAAUCCGACUCACAAAUAUAAAGGUACCCAAUGGGUAUGUCUGGGUAGAAUGGAUGGGUGGGAGGUAACCCAAUCGGUAUGUCUGGGUAGAAUGGAUGGGUGGGAGGUAACACAAUUGGUAGGUAGCCUUUUGACCUUUUUAUUAAAACAGGUUUGGCUUCAUUGGUGGAUAGAUGAUUGUAGAUGAAAGGAUGGUUAUCGAAGGGAAACAGAGUCAAACAAGGCAUAUCUACAUUGGCAGUAAAUUAAAUACACUUCAACAAAGUCCCAAAUCUAUUUAUACACACAAUAUGAAUCAACACUUGGUAAGGUUUCUAGCAAUAAGCAGGCUUUGAAUAUUAUUUAGAACUCUUAAAUCAGAGGUAACUACAAACAAUAUAAAUGUACUAUAACAAUACUGAAGAGAUACACUAUGACCAAAAGUAUGUGGACAACUGUUGUCAAACAUCUCAUUCCAAAAUCAUGGGCAUUAAUAUGGAAU